UUUUUUGUCUGCAGCAAUUACAUGUCUUGCACAAGUUGCAAAAUGACACUUUCUGUGUCAUACCUCAAGUUACAGGGAUAGAUUCGCAUUGGAUACCAGUCGGUAAUGCUUACUUUUAAAAUGUUGCUUCUAAAGCAAAUUACAACUCAGAAAACGCCAAAUGAUUGGAUCAUUGACUACAGCUUUUCAAUGUAUCAACUGUGUUCUUCUCCUGCCAUGAUUCUUGAUGACACACCCUUGUUUGAUCCGAUCAUGUUACGUGACCUGGAUUGGAGCCAGAAUAUGGUGAAAUUCUCUCCUGAAAUUUCUCCUCUGAACCCUGGGGUUGGAUUAGUUAUGAGGCCUCUCUGUACUGCUGACUUCAAUAGAGAAAAAUUUGAGCACAUGAAACAAACUGGAGAUUAUUAUACCGUUGUGAUUGAAGACACGCACCUUGGACAAGUUAUUGCUACAGCAACGUUAAUAAUUGAACAUAAAUUUAUACAUUCUUGUGCAAAGCGAGGGAGAAUAGAAGAGGUUGUCGUGAGUGAUGAAUGCAGAGGAAGGCAACUUGGGAAACUGUUAGUUUCAGCCCUCACACUUCUCAGCAAGAAACUCAACUGUUAUAAAAUUACACUAGAGUGCCUACCAAAGAAUGAAGCCUUCUAUCAAAAGUUUGGAUAUAAAGCUACAGAAGAAGUGUACAUGCAGUGCAGAUUUUUCGACUGAAGUCUGCUUAAUUGGUUGCUUAUUUUUAUUUCUAAAAAGACAUUUGAGAUCUGGCUAUAUUACUGGUAUUCUGAUCUAUUAAUACAGGACUGAAUAUAGAAUAGUCUGGCAUUAAUGGCCUAUUUUCUGCUUAAUUUGGUGGUAACAGGAUGUAGUUGAAAUUUAAGAAUGUUUUUCUCAGACUAAGCAGUUAUGUGGAUGAGGGGUAAACUGCAGCAUAGUUCACAUUAUUAAACUUUGGCUGAGAGUGCUGUAUCUAUGAAGGAACAUUGUUUUAUUUAGAAACUGAAGAUAUCAAGAAUUUUAACCAAAGUACUUUUGUUUUUGUCUAGCUCCAAAACCUUUGUCUCGAAUUUAUGUAAAACUUGGAGCAGGACAUUUCUAUGCAUUAAUUUCUGUUAAAUCACUUAACUAGUAAUUAUGGCUGCCAUGAUGCUCUGCCUGCAAUGUUAAAGGAAGAACGAUGUUAUGCAGUCAUUUGGGAGUAAUUCCAUUUUCAUUAAGUGCAAAAUUUGCAGGAAAUCUUGGGAGCAGAAAUCUGAUUGGUAUUAAGUGCAUGGGCUUCGAUUUUCAGCGCAUGGGCUUUAUGGCACUGUCCAAGUUGAAGUGGCGAUAUUAAAAAUACUUGUGUGGCUGUUCCCAAUUUUUUUUAAAAAUAAGUUGUGGAGUUUUGUAGGAACAAGACAGUAUCAAACAGCGCACGAGCACCAUAUGUUGAUGUUCUGAAGUAGCUUGCUGCAGUGUAACUAAAUGUAAGCAUUAAGACUCUAGGUCAUACAUACGUGACUUCAUUAGUGUGAUUUAAUUGAUCUUAAAAUUGGAUAAUUCCAAAGCACAUUUAUCUAAUUUACAGAAUGUUAAUAUUUAAAUAUUUAAAAAUGAAGAUAAACUGCUCGCUGUGUAGAUGCAAUAUUGCACAGGUAUUAACUGAUUUUACCCAACGGGAUUUUACUCUUUAUCUCAAAUUUUAGUCUUCAUGGUUAACAUUGCAGAUAAAUCUACUGUUUUCAGCCUGUUUAUAGGAGUUGUUUGUUGAAAACUUUUUAUUUUUGUUUGUAGAGUUGUAGCUAAAUACAAUUAAUCUAUGACUUAGUAAAAUGGUAUUUGAGAGAGCUCCAUAAAUUUAAACAUUAUCCCUAAAUUUAUCCUUUGAAAGUUAGAUGUAUAUAUAUAUAUAUGUGUGUGUGUUUUAUAUAUACAUACACACACACACAAUAAAACAAAUUCCAAUAGAGAUGGGGAUAUGAAUAGUGAUCAUCAUUGAUUAUUGUAACAAGUUACACAUAAGUAAAAAUUAGAACCGGAGAUUUGGUAUAUAUUGUAUAUAAUUUAGUCAAAGAAAGCACUGCUUCCGAUAGGAAAGGUAAAUUCUAGCGCAAAAGAUGCAGUUAAAGUAAAAUUUAAUAUUCUGAAGGAAUUUACUUUACUAAAGAUUGUAUAUUUUCACCCUGUUAAUUUUUAAGAGUUUUUGUCUAAACUAUUGAGCUUUAGUUUUAUACUACAGCAUCAGAGCUAAUAUUUGUAGAAACUUGGUAUACUUUGAUGUGGGUACAUAGGUGAUGAGAAAUGCUGCAAAGAAUUGCUGUAUACUGGGUCUGUCAUUGUUGUUUAGAUGCUAUAAUUUAUAGGACCAAGAUGGUAAAUGUCUGCAUUUAAGUUCAACAUGUCACCUUCUGUUUACUGUACUGACUACUCUGUCAAAAGUUUUUGAAACCCAUCUUUGGGCCCAAAAAUUAUACUUGGUUCUUUAAGGUAUGCAUAUACUACAUGAACCACACAAAAAACUGUUGUGCUUUUUUGAAUUACAGCUGCUUUUAAGUACAGUUUUUGGUUGAGAGAUUUAUUGUGAUCCAAAUUAGUUAU